CGAGCGGUCCUUCAGAACCAGAGGACGCCGGAAACUGAGAUUACAGAGGAUUUACUCAGUUACAGUGUGAUCUCGGUGAAGAGUUGCUGCAGCGGAAAAAUGUCUGACACAAUCGAGGAGAAGCUCAAGAACUACAGGACGGCUCCAUUUGAUGCCCGUUUCCCCAACACCAACCAAACCCGCAACUGCUUCCAGAACUACCUGGACUUCCACAGAUGUAGCAAAGCUCUGACAGCCAAAGGUCAGGACACGGCUCCCUGCGACUGGUACCGGAGGGUCUAUAAGAGCCUCUGUCCCAUCAGCUGGGUCCAGAAAUGGAACGACCAGUUGGAGGCAGGAAAUUUUGCCGGGAAGAUUUGAAUCUACAUAUCUCACCAUUUCUUUCCUCAUCUUACUCUUAAUGUGAAACACUCCAAUAUUUAUGCAACAGAAGCAACUAAAUAAAUUAUCUAAUGUUACUGUGA